AUGAGGGAAACUCAGAGUUACCACCUCUUUCCUCUCUGCCCGCAGGUGUGUGCAAAGUCUCCCAACAUGAGUACUUUGACUCCACCAUUCUUCCUCCCAGACACAGACAACCAGGUCCAAGGAGCUAAUCACAGCAGCGCUGCAGGAAAGCCAGAGCCAUCAUAUGCCGUUCUCAAGUUCAUGGAGAGCUUCUGCCUCAUCAGUGCCACCUGUGGGAUGGUGGGAAAUGGCGUGGUUCUAUGGUACCUUGGCUUCUGCAUCCGCAGAAACCACUUCACUGUCUACAUCCUAAACCUGGCUGCCGCUGACUUUGGCUAUCUCCUCUGCAUCGCCAUCGAGAGCAUCCAGUAUCUGAUGCAGUUCAACGUAGGAGUGCAGUUUGGGAUAUUCCUCUUCCUGGAUCUUUUCAUGUACGGGACCGGCUUGUAUCUCCUGACAGCCAUCAGCAUCGAAAGGUGCCUCUCAGUCCUCUGCCCAAUCUGGUGCCGAAGCCACCGCCCAAAGCACUUGUCUGCCAUCAUCUCCGGCUCGCUCUGGGGCCUUUCUCUUCUACUGAACACGGCUGGCUAUAUUCUGUGCUCCAUCCGCCCCUCCGGCAGCUGCUGGAUGCUGCUCAUUGCCAUUGGCGUCUUGGAUUUCCUGGUCUGCACACCCCUCAUGGUGAUCUUCAGCCUGACCCUCUUCCUCAGAGUCAAGUGCAGCUCCCAGAACUUCCGAACAGGACGGCUCUUCACCGUCAUCAUGCUCACCGUGCUCUUCUUCCUCAUUUUUGCCGUGCCUCUCAGCGUCCUCAUCCUCUUUGACUUCCUGGGCUACAAAUUCCUCUAUUCCCCCGAGAUCGGCUUUGUGCUGUCCUGUGUGAACAGCACUCUCAACCCUGUCAUUUACUUCCUUGUGGGGAGCUACAGGGACCGGAGGAUCAAGUUCACCCUCAGGCUGGCGUUCCAGAGGGCCUUUGAAGAUUCGGCAGAUGACAAAGAGGAACGGGAUACCCGAGACACAAUAACUAUGUCCUCCUAACACCCUUCUGUGCCCACUCAGCACUAGUGCUCUGGAGAUGAGAG